AUGUUUGAAAAGCAGAGUGCGAAUCGGGCUGAAAACACAUACGAAAACUCCAGCAUGCACUACCAAGACAAUGACGAUGAUCGGGAACUUCUUCUUGGAGGUCAAGGCAGCAAAGAGUCACUCUUGUUCAGGUGGAUGUCUGCAACAUCCACGGACGAGCACAGGAAGACCAAGACCCGGAGAAUCGUGCUUCUGGGCUUGGCCGUAGUCGGCUACACGGUCAUUGUGGCGCUCAUCGCGGGUGCGUUCACUUCGCUGGUCAACGCACCCAGUCACAGUGUCGGCUCGGUCGCAAGCCAUGUCGCUGACGCUGUGGACGAGUAUCCGCCCCUUGCUGAUUGUGGCCAUAACUCAACCACAGCACAGGCUGCAGGCUGCAAGUUUGACCUCAUGAUGACGGGCUGGUCCAACCCAGAGUGUUUAGACAGCUAUGUGUUGGAGGACUCGUACAACGAUGCAUCACCUCUAUCGCCAUGGGGCGCUGGUCUGUCCAACUGGAAAUGGGCGGCCGACAAAGAAUACAAAGUCGAGUUACCAAGCGACCCCGAAGAGUUAGGCCACCACGACGGCAUCUGGACGCAUUUCUACUUCCACAAGAUUCAUUGCGCCUACGUGUGGCGGCACUUAUCCCAUGCACUGGCGCGCAAGCUAGCGGGUGAGAAGCACGUUUUUGUCUACAAGCAGGCACUGCAGUAUGAACACACGGUGCACUGCAACUGGAUGGUGCUAGAGCAUGAGAAAGAUCUGAUGCGACCGACGUGGGCAGAAAUAAACAGCGUUAACAAAUGCGUUGAGUUGAAGCUGGACCUCAACGGAAAACCAUGGACUGGACUUUUGGCUAAGGAAGAGGAAAAGGCUGGAGCCAGUUCGCCGGGAUAUUAG